UGUUUUGCACAAAGUUUCUGAAAGCUACAUACAUGUACAUUUUGUAAUGCACUGUUUGCAUCGUGCACAUUAUUUUACUUGAUCUGCUGACACGAUCCUCUCUUAUCGGUAAAAUGUGUGCUCAUGUAUUAUGAGAUUUGAUGAUGUGCACUGACUGUGACAGUAAUAGCACUUGGUGAUGGCAUCACGUAACAAUGGUACGCACUUUUCAAGUGAGAGUGAUGAGUACUAUCUUCCUCCCGGCAGAUCGCGACAGCUCGACAUGGAUCCUCGAGUGGAAGAGCUCACAAGUAAUCUUCAGGACACAACAAGGAACUUGAGGCAGCUGGAUCACAUGCUUGACCAAUACCGAGAUGUUGGCCAUGACCAGCGGUCAGCAGUAGACAGGUUGCGGUCUGAUGUGGAGCGAACUCAUGAUGACAUACGUGAGGAGAGACUAAGAAGUACUGUGAACACUGAGAGAGAUUAUGGGAGUGACACUGAAUCUCCAUCAAGUAGUCGCAGGAGAAAGCGGAAAUCUUCAGUCCGUUUUGCUGAUGACAUGAACAAGGAGCUUCACCACAUUCAUCAAAAUGUCCGAGAUUUGUCUUCAGAGCAGCUCAAAAUGGAAGAAAGUUUUAACAAAGAAGUGGACAGGAGAGAGAGAGAUGCUUUUGAAACACAGAGAUCUCUUCGAAGGUUAUCUGACGAUGUUCGUCGUCUGACACCGCCGCCAGACACGAUUGGUGACAGAGUGGAGCGACGCCUUGCCGCUAUCCAGAAUGAAAUUCGAACUGAUCAUAUUUUUCGAGACAAACAUGACGAUCUGCAAACCUUGUCAUCGGAUCUUAAAGCUGCUAUUCAGCAGCAGCAGCAGCCGUCCAUCCAUGAAGAUUUGUUACGAACUCACUACCUCCAGACUGAAACAGUAAAGCAUCGAUUUGAAUCCGACCUUGAGAACGUGAAACGAAGGCUUGAUCAGAGUGAGGGAAGCAGAUCAGUCUUACAGCAGCAGGUUGAGGACUUACGAAACCAGCUCACAAAAGCAGAUCAGGAACGAAAUCGAAGUAGAAUAUGCAUACAAGAAGUAGCACUAGAAGAAGAAAUGAGAGAAAGAAGAAAAAGAAAAGCUUCGGAUGAAGAUUAUAGUCGACAAAGAAUUGAACAUGAAAUCCAGGAACUUCGAAGUCAGUUGGCUCGAUCAGUAGGUGCUGUCACAGAACUGGAGGAUCUUCGUAGAGCUGUUGAAAAGAGUGAACGACAGAGGAUGCAGCUGUCUGAUCACAUAGAGAAUCUGACAAAAGAUUUGGAUAAUCGAGAGAAACAAAAUGCGAAGUUAAUAAUGGAGUUGAAAGCUGUUAGUGACAAAUGUGAGGGUUCUGACAGACAAAACAUGUUACUGGCUACACAGCUGGAGGACGUGUUACAAAAGUUCAAAGACACUUCCAGAGAUUUGGAGAAAACGUCCAAUGAACUGAAAAAUACACAGUUGUCUCUAUAUGAAACAGACAAAAAGAAGGAAGACUAUAAAAUAAGAGCUCAAGAAACUGUCCGACAGUGGAAGCUGAAGGUGAAGCAACUGGAAAAGGAAGUUGAUCGUCAGAAACACGCUUCUAAUCAGAUGAUGCAUCGCAAUGAACAGCUCGUUAAGGAGAUGGAGUCGAAUCGAAGCCAGAACACACACACUGGCUUUCAGUUUGACGCACUUCGGAAGGAGCUCAGUGAUGCAUUGGCGGUACGUGCUGCCCAGGAUGAAGAGCUGCGACUGAAGGAUGUUGAGGUGAACGAGCUGAAGUCUGUCCGCAUGGAUCUCGAGAAGGAGCUGAGAGAUGUUCGCACUCUAGCUGACAGGAUGGAAAAUGAGCUGCAUUCUCUGCGGGAGAGGUUGGCUGAUGUCUCAUCUGAUAAACACCAGCUGGAGGACAGACUUUCAGCAGUAGAGGCAGCCCAUUUACUGGCUCAGGAUCAAGCCAAUCAGCUGCAGAUGGAGUUGAAAGAACUGAGCACAAUAAAAGCAGAUCUUGCAGGACAGUGUGCCGAGGCUAAUGGCAAAAUACACGAUUUCCGUCAAAUGGUGCUAGAACUUCAACACAGAGAGAAAGCUGCUAAAGAAGAGAGCGAUAUUUAUAAAAGACAGCUUCUUGAGGAGCGGAAUAAUCACCAAAAAUUACUGGAAAGUAUGAAGAUAGAGCUGAAUGAAGCCAAGGUGAGAGAGGCUCACAUGAAGCAUGAUUUAUCAAGACGAUUCAAGCGAGGUCAUGUUGAAAACGAAGCAUCUCUUCAAGCCUUGAUGAUCGAAAUACAAGAAGAAAAAUCUGUGUCAAAAAUAGCAAGAAGAAAUGAAGAAAAAUUGAAGAGUGAAGUUGAACGGUUACAAGCCCUCAUUAAAAAAUAUGAAGAAGACAACAUCAAGCUUGUCAAAAAAUUGGAAAUGAUGAGACAGGAAUUUGAAAAUCAGACUUACCUAGCAGAAGAUGACAUUGUUAGAGUAAAACGUUUGGAUGAGCAGCUUUAUGAACUGCAAACACAGCUUAGAAAUAUGGAGAAACAACAAUAUAACUUGAUCCAAGAGAUAGCUCUGGAGACUGACGUGUUGGUGGAAGCAGGAAGACCAGAUGCUGUUUCCAAAUAUCAGCCCCUCAAUGGAGUGAUAGAUUGCAGUAAAGGAGCAAGUUACCUCAUGUGUCAUAUUAAAAACAAGUUAAAGUGGAUACGAAAUGAACUUUUUGAGCGGAUCAUUCGGGAGCAGAAACUGCGUCAGGAUUUCCGUCAAGCACUGAACUCGACUGAUGCGGAUCGCAAUUAUCUCCUGCAGGAACUAGCAAGAAGAGAUAAUGAAUUGGAUGAUCUAGCAGCAGCCAAACAAGAACUGGCCUUCCGGGAUAUUGCGAACAUGAAUGCAGUGGAAGCUCUAGAGGAGCACAUUCUGGAUCUGACAGAUGAACUUCACAUGCAGAAAGUGAAACAGGUGGAGCAAGAGAUAACGUUUGAGAUGGAGAAGCAGCACAUCAUUGAUGAAAUGGAGGAUGUUGUAGAUUCUCAGAAAGAAAGGGAUUUAAUAGAGCAGAGAUAUAGGAGAUUACAAAAUACAAUGAAGUCUCUGCAGUCAGACCUUCAGUCCACUGGACUAUCCUUCAAUAAGACUGCAGUGGCAAAUGGUGAGAAACCCUCUAUCCUGAGAUCAUCGACUCCGACCUCAACACCGAAGAAGAAAAACCAUGUUCGUAUCGUUGAAAGCCCUCCUGUUUUGGACCGCCCCCCGAGCAGGUCGAACUCUCAGUACAUCCCCCUGCGUGACGACCUCAACAAGACUCCACCUCCACUGUCUCUCUCCGAUGAGGAAUUCAAGAAGCGUUUUCUUCCGCACACUCCUGAAGCUGUUGGGAGAGGAAAACUAAAUGCAGUAGACUGCUCCUAGCAAUUUCUCACUGGGAAGAAAAGAGGAAAAUAAACCACUGUGAUAUAUACUGCCUUUAUUGGAUGACAGGAAAUCUAUGUGACAUUAACAAAAUGUGUUACACUAUUGUUAAUAACUUUUACCCAGUCAUAAAAUUAAUCUUUUUUUGUACCAUAUGUACCUUCAUAGAAAGAGAAACUAUUAUAGGACAGUCAGUUUUGGAGGUUUUUCUUUGUGUAUUUUUGUCUCCCACUGAUAAAUGCCAAUGUAUAUAGUAACAUCGUGUCAGAAUUUUGUAAUUAGAAAUCAUUAACCAAAUCGAAGGAUGUUUUGGGGGAUUUUGUUAGUCAUAUACAUAUAUCCUAUGCUUCUAUAUCUGACUUUGUGGUUUGUUAUACAUAUAAAGGCUAUCUCACAGGGUUUUAUUUCAAAUAUGAUUUUUAUGUCAAUUAGGGUUGUUUGAAAACCAUAUUUUUACAAAUUAUUUGAAGAAAAAAACCAUGAAUCAAAAUUAAAGUCAAUGACAGGACAUUUUUUUACCAAUAUUUGGCUUCAUACACAAUCAGUUUUAGAUAUUUUACCGUUGUUGCACUUGAUAUUUUUUUUUUUUGUAUAGGCAUCAUUGUUGAAUUUACUCUCUUUUUUAUACAUUCGUCGUUCAUGGGUCGUAUUAUUGUAUGGCUUUGUUUGUCCGUACAUUCGUCCAUAAAACUUUUAUUUCCAGAAUAUAGGAUCAUCAUACUUUGCAUGCAAGUACAACUUGGUCUGGCACUGCUGUGUGAUGCGUACCAUAACUAGGUCACCAUAACCUACUUUUUAUUAAUUACUGCAUAUUAAAGGAAAUCUUGUCCAGGCCAUAUCUUCCUUAACAAUUCAUAUAGGAACAUCAAAUCUUUCAUGCAAGUACAACUUGGUGUUGGCGGUGUGUUGCAUACCAUAAUUAGGUCACUGUGACCUAUAUUUGACAAACAUAUAUACCUCACUGAUCCAAGGAACUAAAAAACGAUGAAGCAACUUUGAUCUCAAUAAUUAGAUCAUAUGGGAGAAAACUGAAGUGUGAACUUGAUCAUAAAAACAUAUAUUUUAUUUCUGUAUUUGCACUGUAACUAAAAUACAGUGAAAAUAUGACUUUUCACUGAAUAUCACUUUUAUGGUUUCUGCAGAUCUAUAUAUUUCAUGGCUAUGUGUAUAAUAAUCUAUGAUACAAUAAUGUUGUAUAUGGUAAUCCAUAGAUAUAUUUAUAAAUUAUUUUCAAGAAAAGAUGUAUGUAUAUUUACCACUUAUAAAAACCCCAGUACAUCUGGAAUGUAUCCUGUGAAGUAAAUUGGACUGGUUCUUGUUAUAUAAACAUAUCUUCUAAUAUUCUGUGAUAUUUUUUAUGAUAUUUCAUGGCUAUUGUAAAGUACUUUAUUUUUGUGGCUCACAAUUUUUGUGCAAUACAAAAAUAUCUAUUUAUCUAUACAUUAUUAUUAUAAUUAUUUCUGCGCAUUCUUCAUGGCACUCAAAAAUAAUGAAAUGUGUAUAUUCCAAUAAUAGCUUUAAUAUUUCUAUGAGAAGCAUCAGUUACAGCUCACCAGCCAUUUACAGCAUUAUUAUGGAGUACAUGUUAAAUAAGAGGGGUAUUGGAUCCAGACUGGCCUCACUGGUGCAGUGGUUAGGCCAUCGGACUACAGGUUGGUAGGUACAGGGUUCGCAGCCUGGUACCAGCUCCCACCCAGAGCGAGUU